AUGGUGGCAGCCAGUGGCUUCUCCGCACUGCUGCCACCACGCCCGCCACCCCCUCCACUGCCAACUGCUUCUGCAGCUGCAGACGGCCCUGCAACAACAGCCACCCCUGCAGCAGCCCCGUUGCCUCCCCCAGUCCAGCAGCACUGCAACAGCAUCAGCAGCCCAGUACAGCCAGCCAAUUUUUUGUAUUUGUCAACUGCUUCAUUUGUUCAGUGCAGCAUUGUUCAGGUUGCAAUGCUGAAUCUGCGACUACAGGUGUUUCCUAUUGAGCUGGCGUCUAGCAGAAAUAGGCAAAGACCUGCACCGGACUUCCUUUUCCACCCUAUGCUGCCUAAACAACUGUGCAGGAGUUCUGACUUUGGCUCUGCUGAAUGUGUGGCCAUUCCAAUGAACAUUGUGACACAGGGACAGUUGAAAACCAAUCUGCUGCCCCAGGUGAUAUCCAAGCGUCGAAGCAUCCAUUGUUCCAUCGGACACCCUGUUCCUAUUCUUCACCAAUAUUAUCAGUCAGGGGACCUCAUCAUUGCGGGCAUUAUGUCUCAGCUCUUUAUAUUUUCAAAUGCCAUAACCUUUGAAAAACACCCUUCUUUGGAGCUUUCUGACGAUCAUAUGCUAAUGACGCAGCUCUACCAGCACAUCGUGGCCUUGGCAUUUGCUAUUAAGGACAUCAAUGAAAAUCCCCAGAUCUUACCCAAUGUCAGCCUGGGCUUCCACAUCUAUAAUGGUUAUUUUAGUGCAAGCUGGACCUAUCUUGCCUCAUUGGAACUUCUCUCCAGACGAGGCAGAUUCAUCCCGAACUACAAGUGUGAUGUUGAGAAUAUCCCAGUAGCAGUCAUUGGGGGACCAAACUAUGAAUUCUGUUUCCACAUGGCAACUGUUCUGUCUAUGUACAAGAUGCCACAGCUCACCUAUGGCUCUGCUCCUAUAAGGAAUGACAAUAUCCAAACAGAGUUCUUGCACUGGAUGUUCCCAGAUGAAGCUCAUCAGUAUAAUGGGAUUCUCCAGUUACUGCUGCAUUUCAGGUGGACGUGGAUAGGGUUAUUUACUCAGCAUGACGAUAAUUUAGGGGGAUUUGUUCAGAAUGCUCUCCCAGCAUUUGCCCAGAGUGGAAUUUGCUUUGCUUUUAUAGAAAGAUUCCUCAAACUAAGUGUUUCCAAUGACUUUGAUGCUGUGGUGGAGGAAGGCUUUCAGAAAAGCAUCAUUAUCAUGACAAGCUCGGCCAACGUUGUGGUUGUGUAUGGGGAAGUUCAUAGCAUUAUGGUACUGAGAAUGCUAUCCCAGGUCGCAGAAAUGGAGGAUAUAUCAAUGACAAUGAAAGCAAAAGUCUGGGUUAUGAUAGCCCAGGUGGAUUUCACAUCAUUUUCCUUUCAAAGGAGUUGGGACAUAAAUUUCAUCCAUGGCGCUCUAUCCUUUGCAAUUCACUCCAAGGAUCUUCUAGGGUUCCAGGAAUUCCUUCAGAUGAGAAACCCAAACAUUGAAAAAGAAGAUGGUUUUAUCAAGGUUUUCUGGGAAAAGGCAUUCAACUGUUCCUUUCCUGAUAGUUCUUUAGAUAUUGAAGCUGAGAGAUUCUGCACUGGGGAGGAAAAGCUGGAGACUCUCCCUGGAUCUCUUUUUGAAAUGAACAUGACUAGCCACAGUUACAGCAUCUACAAUGCCAUCAGUGCUGUGGCACAUGCAUCACAUGUCAUGCAUUCAUCAAAACUCAAAUACAGAGCAAGAGCAGGUGGCAUCAGCUGGAACCUUUUGGACCAACAGCCAUGGCAGAUCCACCACUUUCUGAGAAGCAUCUCAUUCAACAAUAGUGCUGGUGAAGAGGUUUCCUUUGACCAAAAUGGGGAAUUAGUAACCGGGUUUGAUAUUAACAAUUGGGUCACAUUCCCAAAUAAAACCUUUCGUCGAGUGAAAGUUGGAAUGGUGAACCCACAGGCUCCCCCAGAGAAGAGGUUCACCAUUCAUGAGGAUGGCAUUACUUGGCCCAGCAGGUUCAACCAGACACAACCUCUUUCUCAGUGUAAUGAGAAUUGCCGUUUAGGUUAUAGUAAGAUAAAGACCGAAGGGAAGCCAUUUUGCUGUUAUGAUUGCCAUCUAUGUCCAGAAGGGAAGAUUUCAAACCAGAAGGAUAUGGUUGACUGUUUCCAAUGCCCUGGAGAUCAGUAUCCAAACACUAACAAGGACAGUUGUGUUCCAAAAGCAAUAAUCUUUUUGUCUUACGGCGAACCUUUGGGGAUCACUUUAACCACUUUUGCUCUCUCCAUUUUGUUCGUCACAUCUCUGGUGCUGGGAAUCUUCAUGAAGCACAAGGAGACUCCCAUAGUCAAAGCCAACAACCGGAACCUCAGCUACACUCUGCUCAUCUCCCUCCUGCUCUCCUGCCUUUGUGUCUUCUUGUUCAUGGGACAACCGGAAAAGCUGCCAUGCCUCCUUCGGCAAACUGCUUUCGGCAUGAUCUUCUCAGUGGCCGUGUCUUGCAUAUUGGCCAAAACCACCAUUGUGGUUCUAGCUUUCAUGGCCACCAAACCUGGCUCCAAGAUGAGGAAAUGGGUGGGAAAACAAUUGGCUAGCUACAUUGUUCUUUUAUGCUCUCUUAUUCAAGCCACGAUUUGUAGUGUGUGGCUGGCACUUUUCCCUCCAUUUCCAGAUUUUGACAUGUACUCCAUCACAAAAGAAAUUGUACUGGAAUGUAAUGAAGGUUCAACAGUCAUGUUUUAUUUUGUUCUGGCUUUUAUGGGUUUCCUGGCCAUUGUCAGCUUCAGUGUCGCUUUCCUAGCCAGGAAAUUACCAGACAGUUUUAAUGAAGCCAAAUUCAUCACCUUCAGCAUGUUGGUCUUCUGCAGCAUGUGGCUUUCCUUUGUUCCAACCUACCUGAGCACAACAGGGAAGCACAUGGUGGCUGUGGAGAUCUUUGCUAUCCUGGCUUCCAGUGCUGGUUUACUUGGUUGUAUCUUCUUCCCAAAAUGUUAUGUCAUUUUGCUGAAGCCAGAAUUGAACAACCGAGGACAGCUAAUAACCAGAAAUAAUUAA